AGUGCACCUACACUCUCAGUUGCACAACAGAGGGCGCGCGGAACACUCGCCUUCAAUGUUCAUAGUUCUUUAAUUAAUUAACUUACGUUUGCAAAUGUUGUGAUAGUUUCUUUGUGAAUCAUUAAAAAUAUGUUUGUUGUACUAUGGUUACUGCUGGUAGCGGCAGUGAGUGGUGAGAAAUUCCGGUUCCCCGAUGAGCAGUCUUCAGCGUCUUUGCGUAUAGACACAAAAGUUAAAUUCAUUGACAGCCGCGGUGACGAUGUCAGAUCCCACCGUGAACCCAAGGUACAAGCAGACGAGAUCCCGUUUCGUGAACCAGAAGAAACUGGAGGCUUCUAUAACAGGCCCCAGGGAGAGGGGAGGUAUCCAGUAAGAGUGGAAGAGCACGCACAGUCUCCAUACAGAGUUCAGAGUCAAGCUGUUUUGACUGUUGAUGUACCUAAAAACUACGAUUCAGAUGGAACUCUUGAUUCUCUGCAGUACUGCAAGUGUGUUGACACUCCCGACUGCAACCCAAGACCUGACAGUGCGAGAGCAUGUGGCUCUGGAAAGUACCUGUGUUGUUACAAGCGUAAGCAGAGCAACAGAGUAAAUUCAUAUCCGUCAGAAUACUUCAACGAAGUGGAAGACGAACGACCCAUGCUGUUACCGGGACAACAGAACUUAGCCCGGCCCUUCCCCCCGCCUCCUGCUUCCGAAGCAAACGGAGUUUUUGGCCCAGGACACGCUCAUCAAGUCGGUUUACUCGGACCAUUUGAUAGACCACAAGGCUUCCUGGUCGGAUCACAAAACCCAACAGGAAACAUUGGAAACUCAGGAGUAUUAGUUGGACCGGGUGGUCCUACUGGUUCUAUAGGUCCAAAACGAGAUCAAAACCAAGGCGUCUUAGUUGGUCCGGACGGACCUACGGGUGUGAUUGGACCUGGACACUCUCAUCAAGGUGUGCUUGUGGGGCCUGAUGGCCCAAGAGAUGUAGGUUUCAGCGAAUCCGCACAAAGAGGAGUACUCGUUGGUCCAGGUGGACCUACUGGAAUCAUUGGUCCCGGAAGAAACUACGGAAGAAGACCUGUACUGACUGGACCAGGUGGACCAACAGGCAUAAUCGGUCCUGGCAGGAACGGAAGACGAGGUGUGUUAGUGGGUCCAGGUGGUCCGACUGGUUACAUUGGUCCUGGCUUCGGCCGUCAAGGGAGCCCUGGUGUAUUAGUAGGGCCCGGGGGACCCACUGGUACCAUCGGCCCAGGACGGUCAAUACUGGUGGGUCCUGGUGGGCCUACAGGGCAGAUAGGGCCCCAAUAUUUUAACUAGUUUAUUUAUGGCUAAUACUUAUUAAUAAAUCGAUGUAAGAAUUACCGAGUUUCCAUUUUCUUCUUCUUUGUCGGUAUCGCUCUUCACAGAGUGGUCGUGGUCAUCACUACAGGUGCUAGUGGCAAGCUUCACAACACGCCAUCACUUCUCUCUUUCCAUUUUACUUAUCUAAAUUCACACAAUUUACCGUGGAGUAUUAUUAUCUACAAUAAAAACUAUAGCAAGAGGAGCUUCAGGUGGAUAUACACCCUGCAGAUUUGUCAAAAAUUAUAAAUCCAUCGUAAUGUCAAACAACAGAAAUAACUAAAUAAAUUUAGUAAAAAUAUAGAAGAAAGCUCCUUUUACUCCCGGUAUUGUGUGCUUUGUAAAAAUCGUUGUGAUGUUUACCUUAGGUUGGUCUGCAUGAAUGUAGUUUUAGUCUCGUGUAAAUAUUAUUGUUCUAAUCUAAUGUAAGCUGAGAGUGCUAACCGCAAUAAACUGAGUGUUGUCGA